AUGUUGUCCUUUAAAUUGUACACAAUUAAUCUGCAUAUUCUGCUGCUCCUAGCUGGCCAAUUGGUCACGUAUCCAGCAUUGGGAAAUUCAAAAAUUGACUUUAUCAACAAUAUCAUUGCGAAAGUUCAGAAGGAGAGGUUUGUGGAUACGCUCUUGGUCAUGAAAUGUCGACAGGACAUCAACUGCCUCUUGCAAGAGAUCAGUCCAGUUGGCCUAGCUACUCUACGCUUAGAUGAAAGGACCGUCUUCAAUGUAAAAAAGCUUUUCAAUAGCGAGGCCCUCGCUCUGGUUUGCAUGUCCAAGCUCGCCGACUCCCAGCUGCUCACGACACUAGCCCAGAAUCUCGAUCGAAUGAGAGAGACGCGAAUCGUAAUCUUGACGCAAAUUAUACCAUCCAAUCUUGAGGAGUUUUUACUCAUCGUCAGUGAGCAAGCGAAUGAAUACAACUUGGUUAAUUUAAUUGUGCUGCACUCAACUUCGUACGAUUUCGAAGGACCGAUCACUACAUAUCGUCUACAGCCGUUUCCGAGUCCGAUUUUCGAAAGUGUUGUGGACAUUAAUGACGGUCCUAUAUUUCCCAAGGUCUGGCUGAAUUUUCAUGGAAAGACAGCUGUUAUAUUGCCCGACCUGUUUCCACCUCGCAGCAUGUUGAAAACUAACCCACGCACUGGAGAGCAAAAGCUUUGUGGAUCCUCAGAUCGAUUUAUUAUGGACUUUGCGCAGAAACACAAUAUUAGCUUGCGUUUGCAGCAACCUUUAAGUGAGAUCGGGAGUAUGGACAUUAGCGAUAUCUUUGAUAUGACAAAAAAGGGUCUCAUUGACUUGCCCAUCCGACCCUUUGUGCAGACAGCGUGGACUAUACCAGCCAAUAUAGACUGGCGUUAUGGGACUCCCAAUGCCCUUCAGGCGAUAUAG